UGUUUCCCAGGGCAGCUAAACAGCUAUUGCUCUCUGACAGUUCAUUCAGUUUACUAGUGUGUGUGUGAAGGAAAAUAAGACUUCAAAUUGCAAAUUCAUAUUUUUUUUUUUAAAUACUUUAAAUAAGAAUGUCGUUAAACUACGAAGAAAUGAGUUGGUCAGAUGUGCGGGAUCAGUUCAGGAAAUGGCGCGAGGAGUCUGGGCGACAUAGCGAUGAGGUGGUUCAGUUGUGGGUGGCAGUACUGGAGGACAAAGUCCAAAAGACCGGCAAUGAACGGCAUUUGAUACUAGAGCAAGUCAUUGUGGCUGCUUUGGACACUGCACGCUUCGACAUUGCCACAAAGUGCACAAAGCAACUGAACGAAGAGUUUCCCGGAAGCCUGCGUGUGAUGAAGUUCAAGGCAAUGCGAUUGGAGGCACUCGAACAGUACGAUUCAGCCAUCGAAGUGCUGGAUGCCAUCAUUGAGAAGGAUGAGACAAAUGCAGCGCCGCGCAAACGAAAGAUUGCUAUAAUGAAGGCGCGAGGAUUGCGCUUGGAUGCCAUCAAAGAACUAAAUGCCUAUUUGAAAAAAUUCAUGUCAGACCAGGAGGCGUGGCAGGAACUGUGCAACUUGUACAUGGGCGAGGGUGAAUAUGGCAAGGCAGCGUUCUGCAUGGAGGAAGUACUGCUACACAAUCCCCACAGCCAUCUGAUACAUCAACGUCUGGCCGAGAUCCGUUACACUAUGGGUGGCUUGGAAAACAUUGAAAUCGCUCGCACUUAUUACUCGCAGGCCAUCAAACUCAAUCCACACAAUUUACGUGCACUCUAUGGUCUCUUUUUGUGCUGCAGUUAUUUGGCCAACUCCAAGGCAGUGAGUUCGAAGCGCAAGGAGUCUCAGAAGCUCGCUCAAUGGGCCUUGGAGCAGGCUUCGAUUCAUACUGCCAACCACACAACGAUCAAGAACAAUGAGAAAUUGAUAGCAUCGCUGGAUUCUGCUUUCGGUGGUUUGGAGAUCAAGUCGAAUUGACCCAUAACUAACGAUGAUGUUGUUAGCAUAGGUGCAAUACCCGACAAAACGUAAACAAUUCCAAAUAUGCUUAAAAUACCAUCUACAAAUAGUCUUACUAUAUGUUUCAAGAACACGAAUGCAAAGUGAGCUGAUCAGCCAAAUUCGUGUAUAUUAUAUUCAUCUUAUAGUUUUGUUAUGGUGUUUGUCCCCAGCCUCGAUCAAUCUUACAAAGCAAGAGUGCAUUAAUAAGUCUAGCUAAAAUCGUAAAUACAAUGUAUACCACUCAUUUAAUGCACUUUGCACCCGAUCUUAUAAAUGAUGUAUCAAACAAUUGGCCAAUUUUGUGUAUUAGCAUUAAUAAAGAGCUGAAUUCAAUAUACCGAUUAUUAAUUACUUUUUGUGGAUUUUUGCUUAAUUGAAAUUUAUUUCAUAUUGUGUUUAAUCUUUAAUCUUUGGCAUUUGACGUAGCAUUUCGCAUAUUUCUGGUCAAAUAUAAGCUGUUUAAAAAUGGCAAAAUUAAUUAUAGAUCUGGCACAUGUGUUGAUUAUAUCAACCAGAAUUGAACAAACAAACUUUGUGCGAGAUUUAUAGCUAAUAUUUGAAAUAAAACAAACAAGUUCGAUUUUUGGAUUUAAAACACAAUUGAUUGGGUAUUUUGAAUAGUUAGCGUAUAAGAACUUAAAUCAAUUUUACUUAUAGGCAAAUUUAAGGAGUAUAAUAUAGAUAGUCAAGAAAACUCCAGGUGUUUGCUUACUGUCAUAUGUUACUUAUGUUUUAAGCUUUAAUAGAUACCGUACUGUUUACUAUUGUGUAUUAUUGUUGUAAAUGGGGUUAGUGGAAUCUUCUCGCAGUCCACAUUGAAUUGAAUUUGUAAUCAUCAUUGUUUUGUUCGCAUACACACACAGGCACACAUACAGAUUGUACAUAUUUACAAUGAACAUAUAAGAGUCUCUCUGUAGGUGUAUUCGAGUGCAAUGGACUGGACAACAGCUAGGGCAUCGCAAAGGCCUGAAGUGAUAAGGCCUCAUCGU